ACACGUCAGUGCGGCAGUUAUGAAUAAUUUACAUAUUGCUGUUUUUGUAAAAUGAUCACAUUUUUGGCAUUUCUGGUUCUAUAUUCUACUUUUCUGGAUACAUGUUUGAGUGAUAACAGAGUUUCUGUCACUUUGGUUCCAAAAUGGAAAAAUACACCUCUGUUAUCAGAAGCCAGUGAAUAUGUUGCUCGUGAAUCCAACUCUGCAUUUUGGCGAUUUUUGGAUCUUAUCUCAAAGGACUUGGACUUCAUAAAGACAAAUCUUAUGUCUCCUGCAGAUGAUUACCUUUUGAUUUCUAAAAAUAGACUAUUGGAGAAACGGGUUAAAGAGCUUGCCAUUCAGGCCAUUAGUGGUACUAGCUCAAAAAAUAGCUCUUUAGAGAUUCAUAAUCGACUGUUUACUUUGUCCGUCUCAUCUAGAAUGUUUUCACCCACAGUUGAAAUGUCACAUCAACUUGCUCUGACUGAUGCAAGUUAUUUGUUAAAUUGUUCACGUGAGACUGUUCUAGCUGAAUUAACAAGCCGAACCUCCGGAGUAGCUUGGGUUCUUGCCGGGUCAGAGGCCGUUUUUUCCAUUGACAAACUCAAGGAAUCUAUUGAGAAAGCUGUAGAUUCUAAUUCACAACCAUCUUUAUUUUCACUUGAAAAAGUGUAUUCAUCACCAAAAGAUACUUCCAAUAACAUUCCUACAGUAAUUCUAUAUGGAGAUUUAAGUCAUCACGAAUUUUACUCAUGGUAUAAAAGUUUAAAAGCAUUGUCUGAUGAUGGUCUAUGUAAUUAUGCAUUCAGACAUUAUUUUCAGAACCGAAAUUUGAGUGGGACAAGUUUAAAUGGUUAUGGUGUAGAACUUGCUUUGAAAAGCACUGAAUAUAAAGCUAUGGAUGAUACAAAAUCAGAAGAAUCAGAUAAUGUAUCAUUAAAAGAAACCGAUAAAAUUGUUGAUGUACCAAUUGUCGCAGGAUUCAAUUUUACACAACUUCUAAAUAUUCAUCCAGAGUUAACUAAAGAACUCAAUGAAUUUCAUAGUCAUUUAUUGACUACAGAUGAUGAAUUACGUCCACUGAAAGCUUGGCAAUUUCGUGACUUAAGCUUACAAGCUUGUCAAAUAGUUAUAGAUGGAUUCUUAUCAAACAUGAAACAUGAAGGUUUCAUCGGAUCGUAUAUUGAUUUAGGCUUAUGGAGUUUACGUGAUAUUAGUCAAAAUUUACCAGCACGAGCAAGUCGUCUUGUCAAUGUAAAUGUAAAUUCAAGUCUUCGUACAGAGUCAAGUAAAAAUCAGCAUGUUCUAACUGGAACAUACGGUAUACAACCUGGUCAAAGUUUACUUCUUCUAAAUGGUAUUUUACUUUCAUCUUCAGUUGAUAUAUUUGCUUUAUUGGAUGUCAUACGUCAAGAGUCUAAAAUGAUGACACAACUACAUGAUUUAGGCAUACCAGGUUCAAAUAUUUCACAGCUAAUCAUUGAAUAUGGUUCUUCUAGCGGUUCUGCUACCAAUAAAAAUGACCCAAAUUUACCAGGUUCAAGACAUAGUAUAUCUAACCAAUUUGUACUGGAUUUGUCCACUGCACCAAUUACCUAUAUAAAUAAUUUAGAAACUGAUCCAGCUUAUGCCUAUUGGCCAGCUUCUCUGCAUACAUUAUUCAAUUUCGAUUUUUCUGGUGGUCUACGUAGAAUACGUAAAAAUUUGUAUAAUGUUAUUCUGAUAAUUGAUCCCGUUUCAUUUGAAAGUCGUGAAAUGUUAAAAUUGACAGAAUCUUUUCUUCUUCAUAUGACUCCAGUACGUUUUGGUAUUAUCUGGGCAGUAAAUCCUAAAUUGAACUCAACUAGUCUUAUAUUAACCCGUAUAUUUUCAUAUAUAUCAUCCACUAUACUUAAUUCACAUGAAUCACCAUUUCCUGUUCAAAUCAAUGGUUUAGGAUCACCUGGUCCUAUGGCAGCAUUGUCAUUUUUAACGGAAAUUUAUGCAAAUGCUGAAAAAUCAAAUAAUGAAUUAAGUAUUGAUCUAAUUAAACGAAAAUUUGAGAAAUUAUUUCCAACCGCUGAUUCUGAUGAUAUAUUUACUCCGGAACCUGGUAAUAGUGAUUAUGAUAAUGAAGUUACGUCCCACCAUGAAUUUCUUAUUCGUUCUGGACUCCAAUCAAUCAAGAAGAUCCCACUAAUACUUUUCAACGGAAUUAUAUUAGAUAGUGAUGGGAUUAAAAAAAUUGGAGGUUUCGAAGAUACUGUUGUUACUCUGUCCAUGGAAGAAUUAAUGCACGUACAGUCAGCUGUAUUUCAAGGUCAAAUGAGUAAUUCUCAGACAAUAUUUGAUUUAUAUCAAAAGACAGCAACUAUUGUCCCACGAUUUAAUGUACGAUUAUUAAAUAAACAGAAAGAUAAUUCAAAUCAAAGGUCCCUUAAUUCACCGAAGUAUAUCAACUUCAAUGAAUAUUCUAUGCCAAUGGGCACAUCCGAUGAGAAUGUACUACCCACUUCACAGUUGUUGAAAUCUUUUAUGGAUCAAAUGCGCUAUUUUCAAAAAGGAGAUUUAGAGGCAUCUAUUCGACCAGUUACAAUGUGGAUAGUUAUCGGUGAUUUAGAUCAAAUUUUCGAUUCCAAUUUACCGGAAGAACAUCGUCUCCAACUUCAAAUUGAUUGCAAUUUAGCUCUUAAUGCAUUAACAUUUCUACGUAGCGUUCAUUCUACAAAGGGUUUACGUAUUGGUUUCGUAUAUAACCCAUUGAAACUAACUAAAGAGGAAAAAUCAACUAAUCAUUGGUUAACACGUGUACUUUAUCUUGUUGGUAAUCCAAUCAAUAUAACAUCACCAUUAUCUAACCAAUUGAAUAAUGAAAUAAUAGCAAAGCGAAAAUAUGCUGAACAAAUGUCAGGACGUAAUUUUGCUAUACGUCUUAUCAAAGAAAUAUUGGAAUCGAUUAAAACUUCUAAAUCUAUUAAAUCUUUAGAAGAACUUCUAGUUUCAGGCAUGGAUUCCAAACAGAUACAUGAUGCUAUUCAAUUAUUUGAUAGAAAUAGUUUUCUUAAAAUGCACUCAACUAUUGCCUGUCAGAUUAUUGGUUUGAAACCCGGUGAACGAGCUGUUGUUGUGAAUGGUAAAAUAGUCGGUCCAUUCGAACCGUUUGAAGAGUUUCUGUCUGAUGAUUUUCGUCUAGCAGAACGUUUAGCACUAGACAAUGGGGCUAAGGAGCUUGGUGAUAAACUGGAAAAAAUUUUAAACACAACAGCUGCAGUUCCUGAUGUUAUCUCUGAACUCACUUGGCAAUUAUCUUCAGUGCUUCAAUCAGGUAUUGAAGCUACCAGUUCAGUCAUAUCUGAAACGUCUUCCGUAGAUGGGAUCUCGGACAAAGGUCAAAAUGGGCAUAGAAUACUUCUUCAUGGUGUAUCAUACAAUCAUUCAGGUUUCAUUAUUCACGGAAAUAAAGAUGAACCAAAUUUUGAAUUAGUUGCUAUCAUAGAUCCGGCUUCUCGUGAUGCUCAACGUCUAUCUCAUAUACUGAUUGUACUACAGCACUCUUUACCAUGUACUGUAAAAGUUUUAUUUAAUCCAUCGCCUUCGUUAUCUGAACUACCAGUGAAAAGUUUUUAUCGUUUCGUAUGGGAACCAUCAUUGUUUCCAGAAAAUGAAUCUAUACUCAAUCCGUCUAUUAUUGUACCUCGUGCUUAUUUUACUCAUUUACCUGGUCAAUCUUUGCUUACAUUGGGUAUGGAUGAACCACAUGGUUGGAUGGUUGCUGCUAUUAAAGCUGUACAAGAUUUAGAUAAUCUACGCCUAGUUGAUUAUCGUUCUACCCAACAUUUAGUGGAAGCUGUUUUCGAAUUAGAAUAUCUUUUACUUGAAGGUCAUUGUGUGGAAGAGGGGAGUAUGAAACCGCCACGUGGACUACAAUUUACGCUUGGUCCUACACCAACUACUAUUGAAUAUGAUACAAUUGUUAUGGCUAAUUUGGGUUACUUUCAACUUAAAGCCAAUCCUGGGGCUUGGCAUUUGAAUAUUCGUGCAGGGAAAUCACAAAAACUUUAUGAAAUAUCCGGCCAAGAACAUACUGAUACAUCUGUUAAUUCCAAAGAAAUUAUCACAUUGAUUAGUAAUUUCCGUUCUAAAAUCAUUGAAGUCUCUGUUAAUAAACGUGCAGAAUAUGCCAGUGAAAGUAUGUUAGAUGAUAGUCCUGAUGAAUCAAAUAAUUGGUUAAAUAAACAUUCAGAAGUUUGGUCUACAUUAUCGAAUUAUGCUGAUGAAUAUUGUCCUUCUUGGCUAAGUGGUUUAAAACAUUCACUUGCAUCUCAUUUACCUUGGCAUAAAUGUACUUCAAAUCAAGAAACUAUCAAUAUUUUCUCUGUUGCCUCUGGUCAUUUGUAUGAACGAUUAUUAAGAAUCAUGAUGUUAACUGUAUUACGACAUACAAAUUCUCCUGUGAAAUUUUGGUUCCUUAAAAACUAUCUUUCACCAACAUUUAAAGAUUUUAUACCAUAUAUGGCAGCAGAAUAUGGUUUUGAAUAUGAAUUUGUUCAAUAUAAAUGGCCACGUUGGUUACAUGCUCAAACCGAAAAACAACGUAUUAUAUGGGGUUAUAAAAUUCUAUUCCUUGAUGUUCUAUUCCCAUUGAAUGUGACCAAGAUUAUAUUUGUUGAUGCUGAUCAAAUUGUUCGAGCGGAUCUAAAAGAAUUAGCCGAUCUGGAUUUAGAUGGUGCUCCGUACGGUUAUACACCAUUUUGUGAUUCUCGUAAAGAAAUGGAUGGUUUCCGAUUUUGGAAACAAGGCUAUUGGGCUAAUCAUUUAGCUGGUCGACCAUAUCAUAUUUCAGCGUUAUAUGUUGUCGACUUGACAAGAUUUCGUCGAUUAGCUGCUGGUGAUCGACUUCGUGGUCAAUAUCAUGGUCUAAGUCAGGAUCCAAAUAGUUUGUCUAAUCUAGAUCAAGAUUUACCCAAUAAUAUGAUUCAUCAGGUUCCAAUUAAAUCAUUACCUCAAGAAUGGUUAUGGUGUGAAACAUGGUGUUCUGAUGAAAGUUUAGCUAAAGCGAAAACUAUCGAUCUGUGUAAUAAUCCACGUACAAAAGAACCAAAAUUGACAGCAGCAAUGCGUAUCGCUCCGGAAUGGGUUGAUUAUGAUCGUGAAAUUAAAAAAUUAUGGAAACGUGUCUAUCUUUCUACUGAAAGCAGCAGAAGUACUAGUAAGACUUCGGCUACUGAAUUUUCCACAGUUCCAACCACUUUUGAACCUCCACAUUUUAAAGAAAGUCCAGUAGAAGGCUCAAAAAUUGAUGAUAAUACAGUGAAGACGGAAUUGUAGGUAUUUGUUCUUAUCACCAGAUGAUUUUUACUUCUGAUGACAGUCGUUCAAUUAUAUUUCACCAACUAACCAUAUGUAAAUUAAACCAUAUUUUUUUCUUUGGCUGUGUGUAUGUCACUUUUCCUAAGUACUACUGAUAAUAAGCUUUUUUUCAACUAUUCAGUUCGUUUUUAUACCAAUUCAUUAAUUAUCUAUUUCAAGAGAGUCUUCUUUCUUUCCUGUUUCGAUUAUUGGUGAUUCUUGAUUUAUAGUCUCCUGUCUUUUGUCACUCACUGCUUACAAUAUUCUGCAUAGUCCUUGUAUUCACAUGAACUGUUGUGUUGCAUUCCUUUCUUCCUUCUAUACAAAAGAAAACAAGUUUUCGAUCAACAAAAUGCCAAUUUUUAUUGUACUAUGUACAGUCUGUAAUAAGCUCAUUGGUAUGCAUAUAUAGUAUUUUUAUCGUUUUAGUUGUAUCAGUGUACUUAUUUGAAGUACCAGUUGAACAUUGUAAAAAAACUUCUAGUUUUAUGAAUUUGUUACGAAAGAUAUAAAUUGCGUUCGUUUAUUUAUUUGCUUAAACACAUAAGCAUUUGUACAUAGUGGCACCAAAAUAUACAUGCAACACACAA